CCCUAGCAGCCAUGGUUUGGUAAUACAACCUUAUAUAUAAACAACACUCCAUUUCUUUUCCAUUGCUAAGAGAGGAAGCACAAACAGCCGAUCAGAAAUGUCGAAGCGAGGAAGGGGAGGAUCGGCGGGAAAUAAGUUCAGGAUGUCACUGGGUUUACCAGUGGCAGCCACCGUCAACUGCGCCGACAACACGGGAGCCAAGAAUCUUUACAUAAUUUCCGUCAAGGGAAUCAAAGGUCGUCUCAAUCGGUUGCCGUCUGCUUGCGUUGGGGACAUGGUGAUGGCUACUGUUAAGAAAGGGAAGCCAGAUCUUAGGAAGAAGGUCAUGCCUGCUGUCAUCGUUAGGCAGCGUAAACCCUGGCGCCGAAAGGACGGUGUUUUCAUGUAUUUUGAAGACAAUGCUGGUGUCAUUGUGAACCCCAAGGGAGAAAUGAAAGGAUCUGCUAUUACUGGACCCAUUGGGAAAGAGUGUGCCGACUUGUGGCCUAGAAUUGCUAGCGCUGCCAAUGCCAUCGUCUGAGAGAAGAUAGUUACAUAUAUAAUUGUCUUCCUUGAUUUUGUAUGAGACGUUAGGAUAUAUUAAGAUGUCAUGGGAGUGUUAUUUUGGUUAUGUAUUUUCUUUUCUUCUAUUACAACAGAAUGAAAUGGUUCAGUUCAACUUA